AGUUCAGUUCAUUCAGUCGGGCCAUGAAGCAAAGCUCCGCGCAUUGUGGAUUUGCGCGUGUCGAAAGGGGAAACAGCAAAAACGCCAUUUUUUUCGAGUAACGGUGCGUGCGUAAUUUUAUCCGUUAUCUUUCCUCGACAAACAUUCGAACUGGGAAACAACAGGAAUUCCAUUUUUUCGAGUUAAGAAUCAAAAUGAGUAGCGGAAUCAUUUUCAGACAGAAUCCAGAUGGAUCUUUUUCACCUUUUAAAACGGACACCAUCGGCGAAGAAAACAAAAAUGAUAGUUCUAAUUCCGCUUCUCCAAGACAGCCUGCACAACUGUUGAACUUGCGGCUUCCACCUGGGUUUUCGUUUGAAGUAAAUGAUCCGUCUCACAUUUUAUUUGUGAACAUCGGUAAAGGACAUAUGGCUAAACAAGAAGAGCCAAAGGAACGUACUUCACCGACAAGUACUGAAAACUCAUUGCAAUCAGGGGAUGCGACAAAACUCCGUUCGACGAACAUCACGAAAGAUCCGAAACCACCGACUACAUUCACUUAUUUUACUACUACUACCACUACUCAUACUACUACUACUACCACUACUCAUAAUACUACUACUACCACUACUCAUAAUACUACUACUACCACUACUCAUAAUACUACUACUACCACUACUCAUAAUACUACUACUCAUACUACUACUACAACUACUACUACUACUGCUGAGAUUACAACAAAGCCAUAUGAUGAGCCAACGAAGCAAGAAUCGCUUUUGAAAACGCCUUUUAUUUCCCCAAAUCGCAAGCGUUUCCACCGGAAGAGAAAUCUCGUCCGCCAUGAUGUGAUGAUGGGCUCGCCGUACAACGAAAAGAUUCGGGAUCUCGUGCAGUCCAGUGGCCCUAAAGAGUAUCUUGACACGUUUGGAAAGAUUGUAGAUCUGCUAUGAUUUUUGUCUAACAACCGCACCAAACCAAACCAUCCACAAACAACUUAUCUUAAGCUCACCCUUACAAACAUUUUUCCAUAUAUGUAUUUUUAUAGUUUUAUUUGUUCUGAACAUAUCAGCACUUUGUAUGAAGAAAAUAUGUAUUUAUUUACUUGUUUAAUGUUUCGCAUUAAUUCACUUUUCCAUUAUUGAAUGUUUAUAGCUUUGUUUGUCCUAAAAAUAUCUGCAAUGAAUUUAUAAUUUUGCCAUAAUUUGAAAUCUUGAUGUUCCUUUGCACGUUACUUUUAAGCUACAGCUGCAAAGUUAGUUUUGAAUCAAAGUGAUAUUUGAAGCGCAGUUCUUAUUUUGAAAAUAGUUGCUGGGUGAUCCCCGUACUUAAAGCUUUUUGUUAAAGUUAAAUUAAAACAUAAGCACGUUGCACGUUAUUUUUAAGCUACAGCUACAAAGUUAGUUUUGAAUCAAAGUGAUAUUUGAACCGCAGUUCUUAUUUUGAAAAUAGUUGCUGGGUGAUCCCCGUACUUAAAGCUUCUUGUUAAAGUUAAAUUAAAACAUAAGCACAUUGUAUUAAGAACAUAUGUAUUUAUUUAUUUGUUUAAUGUUUCGCCAUGAAUCACUUCUCCAUUAUUGAAACGUUAUAGCUUUGUUUGUCCUAAAACGUGCACGGAGUUAGAUGGACUAUAUGUGCUUUUUGUAAAUGAAUUUAUUAUUUCUGUUAAAUAAAUUUAAGUCUGAGCC